AAAAUCUAAUUAUUAUCCAACGAUAUGGUCUUUUAAAUAUUUAUUUUCGAAUUUCAUUUACCUUUGAUAACACUAUUUUAACAUGUAGCUGCUACAGGUCUAACUAGAUUAGAAAUGCAACAGUAAUUGCACGGCGAACGUUUCAUGAUACAGUAGUAUAACAUCAAGAUUUUCUUGUCAGUGAAUUUACUUAUGCGCGUGUGCCAAGGGUAUCCCAACAGUCGCAAAGCGCUUGAAAGUGCAACCCAGGUGCUAGACAUGACGCACCUCAGUUUGAUUUCAUGAAAGACUGUAGAGUCGCACAUAGAGCCACGGAAAAUCGACGUAUGUUGAUUAUAUUCUAUCUGCAAAUAUCGUAUGGCUUUAAUAACAAUCCAACUGACAGAGUAUUUCUUAUUAUCAUUUUACUAUUUCUCCUCCGAAACUAAUUCUUGUCUCACUCAAGACUGAACCCAGUUUACCCCUGCUUGUCACCCGCCGGGUAUGGAAACCCCGUGGAGUUCAACAAGUUCCUAAUCAAAACAAAACCAGACUGUAUCAAGCAAUCCACAAGAAGAACAUUUUGUCAAUACAUUGCUACCAGUGACUACAAAACACAGGAUCUACAAAGGUUUACUAGAUCAAUUAAAAAGGACUAUCCCACUACAAGCAGUACAAUUUCAACAACAUUUGUGACGGAAAAUCAUCUGCCCAGUUGUCGGACGCCAUUUUGGAUACCUUUGACCCCUAAACGUCAUGUUGCGUGUUCCAGCUUACUGUUGGAGCGGGAGGAUAGACAAAGCAGUGGGAAUAUUGAAUGGAAAUUAAUUUUAAAGAUUUUUUUAUUUUAAUUGUGUGGCAACCACAACAUACCGAAGUGAAUAGCACAUCUCGUGACUUUUACAAGACCUACCUUCCCAGAGAAAAAUAUCCCUCGCUUCACAAUCACGCCUUAUGUAUGCCAUUGCUAUUUUUGCUGUAUGCAUAUCUGUGAACAACUAUAUUCAGGGAUUAAGUACUUGAAGAGCAAAAUUAGAUCAAAAAAUUCUGACGAGCACCUCAAGAUCUCACUAAGAAUUGCAAGCACUUCUAUCGAACCAGACAUUGAUGCACUACUUUCACAAAAAGAAGGUCCAGUAUCCUAGUAGUGACGACAUACCUACUGCAAUGAAAUUGGAAACAAAAGAAUACAUCAGCACCUUGGCCGACAUAUGGACAUUAAGGACAUGACAGAAGACAAUGGAUAUCUUUUAGAAACCAGCAAAAUCAAGAGGUCAUACUACAGAUCUGAAGGGGAAUGGCACCAGAGUUCGUUGUGGGUUAGGGGAUAUAACUGAUGUAUCCUGAUGGCUUUAUGUGCCAUCCAGCAUUUGUCCUGCUGUUAGAGAAGAUGGAUUUUGGAAGUCUUUAUCAAUAUGGUUUUAUGUGUAAUCAAGACCAAAGAAACAAUGAUGUAAAAUCCAUUAAAAUGAACAGUGGAUUCUGAAUUUUCAGUAACAAUAUGGCACCUUUGGGGACAGCUGUCAUUUUGUCUGUGUUGCAAUACGGCAUUUAAUUGAAAUUAUGUCUGUGUAAUCUUCAUGAAUGUGUUUUGGAAUCACCUUGUCUCCUCCUUUUCCUGACUUCACUCAUAAUUACUUUACACUGAAAGUUGGAUAUUUAUAUGGUUUAAUGAAAACCUCAUCUCAGGAAAAGUGUGCAGUAUUAAUGCUGCUUUUACCUUUACAGCUGAUCUUUAAAAAAUAUCCUUUUCUGAUUUAUGCAAAGUUAUCUUACUAAAAUGGAUGAUAACCUUAAGGAAACUGAAGAACUGCAUGGGAGCUGUAAUACUAAUACAAUCAAUGUGAAAACUGAGAAGCAGGACACCAAGAAUGGUUGUAAUCAAAAAGAUAUCAGUAGAAGUACUGACAGUGGCGAUGACCAAACAGAUGAUCAGGAACAAAGCUCUCUUGACUCUACUGCUAGAUACUUGAGAUCAGAAAAUGAUGAUGAGUAUGGAUCAAUUUUUUCACAGUACACUAGUACCCUUUAUGAUGUUGCAAUGGAAGCUGUAACCCAAACACUUAUUUCUAACAGAAAUUUAAGUUCUCGAAAAAAAUCUCCUGCGUGGAACCACUUCUUUAUAUCUCCAAGAGACAGUACUAAGGCAAUAUGCAUGUACUGUAUGAAAGAAUUUAGCAGAGGAAAGAAUGAGAAGGACUUGAGCACAAGUUGUCUAAUGAGGCAUGUACGACGAGCACACCCCUCUGUCCUUGAUCAGGAAAAUACUAAUUCUUCAGGUACAGUUUAUUCCUCUCCUCCAUUAUUGCCACUGUCGCAGCCAUUCGACUCUGGAGAUUUGAACCCUGGAUCAUCCCCUAUCAAUCCUAGCCAGAAAGUUGCAUCUAAGUCAUCAUCACCAGAAGGAGCACUUGAAGAGUCUGUUCCUAUGGUUUCUCCUGAGGAAAGUAUAACUGAGGGACAAACAUCUGAAAAACAUACCAAAGAAGAAAUCCCGGUAGUCUCUCCUGCACAUUCCAUUAAUAACCACUGUGAUGAAGUAGCAGAGAAUAAUUCUGAACGUGUUGUCCCAGCUACAAAGAAUGUAGGUUCUAGAAGAAGAUCAGCUGUUUGGAAGCACUUUUAUUUAUCUCCAUUAGAUAAUUCUAAGGCAGUGUGUAUACAUUGCAUGAACGAAUUCAGCAGAGGAAAAAAUGGAAAGGACCUUGGAACAAGUUGUUUGAUAAGGCAUAUGUGGCGGGCACAUCGUUCCAUAGUUUUGCAAGAGAAUGGUGGUGGUGCCAGCAUACCACCACCCUACACUGCACCUCCUACCUUAUUGCCUUCUUUACUACCUCCAGAUUCUGGAGAUGUGAAUUGUGUUGCAUCUUCUCCUGGUAAAAUAGGAAAGGAACAGAUAUCUGUGUCCUCCUCUUCACCAGAUAGAUCUCCGGAAGAAAUGGAGUGUAAACAACCAUCGUCAGAAGCCACCAUAGAAGAAUGUGUAAGUUUGCCAUCCUCUGAAGAUGUAGGCAAGACUUCAGUGGUGGUGUCUACAGAAAAGAAAACUGAAGACUCCACUGCACUUGUUGCCUUUUCGGGCAAAGAAUCUAACUCAGUUUUUCAGGAAAAUAAGAAAAUAAUGAAGAGACUGAAGUCUGAAGUUUGGCAUCAUUUUUCAUUAUCCCCUAUGGACAGUCUAAAGGCAAUAUGCAGAUACUGUAGCUGUGUAAUUAGUCGUGGGAAAAAAGGUGAUGUGGGUACAAGUUGUUUAAUGAGACAUCUAUAUAGACGUCACCCUGAUGUUAUUGGAAACCAAAAAUGCUUCAUUGAUACAAGUUUAGCAAAUUCUCCGUAUGCCACUUUAGCAUCUACAGAGUCCGCAUCUGUGAAAAUGACAGAAUUACCCAGUAUGGUAGCAAGUGACAAGCAAAUUGUGUUUCCUAUUAGUAGUAAGAAAACCUCUAAACUGUGGAAUCAUUUUUCUAUUUGCUCAGCUGACUCAACAAAAGUAGUAUGCCUGCAUUGUGGUCGUACUAUCAGUAGGGGUAAAAAACCAACAAAUCUUGGCACAAGUUGUUUAUUGAGACAUUUGCAGAGGUUCCACCUUAGUGUGCUUGAAAAUAACGUCUCAGAGACUGUUUUAUCUUCUACAGAUCUACAAGUGCCACAUAAUACAGCUGCAUCUGGGUCUGCAGCCUUUAAUGACAUAGAUGAAAAAUUCAGUGAGACUCACCCAGUUGCCAAAAAAAUUACAAGUCUUGUGGCAGAAAUGAUUGCACUUGACCUUCAGCCUUUCUCAUUUGUAAAUAAUGUUGGAUUUAAUAGAUUGCUUGAAUACUUGCAACCACAGUACUCUCUACCUUCAUCAUCAUAUUUUUCCAGAACUGCGAUUCCAGAAAUGUAUGAUAGUGUUAAGGAAAUUAUUGUUUCCCAUCUGAAGGAAGCUGAAAGUGGAGUUAUUCAUUUUACAGCAGGGAUAUGGAUGAGCAGCCAGACACGUGAGUAUCUUACUCUUACUGCUCAUUGGGUAGUUUUUGAAUCUUCCUUUCGUCCACAAGGUGAAGAUUGUCAUUGUUCUGCACUUCUUAAUGUGUCACAGAUUGAUUGUGAUUACAACACUACUAGUAUUCAAAAACAGUUGGAUUAUUUGUGGGAAACUUGGGUAACUUCAUCUGGACUUGAAAUAGGAAUCACUGUAACUGAUAAUCAGAGUAUAGGAAGGACUUUGAAUGAAAGUGAACACUCAAGUGUUCAGUGUUUUGGGCAUACCAUUAAUCUUAUAGUAAAUGAAGCCAUUAAAAGUCAGAGAAUGGUUCAGAAUCUUCUUAGCAUUGCAAGAAAAAUUUGUGAGCGUGUUCAUCGUUCUACAAAGGCUAAGGAGAAAUUAGCAGAACUACAAAAGGAAUAUAAUUUACCUCAACACCAGCUGAUUCAGGAUGUUCCAUCUAAAUGGAAUACAUCCUUUCAUAUGUUAGAACGCUUAAUUGAACAGAAGCGAGCUAUUGAUGAGUUGUCUACUGAGUGCAACUUCAGGGAGUUGAUAAGUUGUGAUCAGUGGGAAGUUAUGCAGUCUGUGUGCCAUGCUUUAAAACCUUUUGAGGCAGCCAGCAGAGAAAUGAACACACCCACAGCUGCACUCAGUCAAGUAAUACCUAUGAUUCAUAUACUAAGUAGAAAAAUUGAUCUCUUGUUUGAAGAGACUAUGGGUAUAGACAAUAUGCUGAAAUCAUUAAAAGAAGCCAUGGUAAGUAGACUAUCUUCUACUCUUCAUGAUCCAAGAUACAUUUAUGCUACACUUUUGGACCCUCGCUACAAAGCUUCACUGUUUUCAGAAGAAGAAGGUGAACAGUACAAACAAGAUCUGAUUAAGGAAUUGGAAAUAUUAAAUUCUACCUCAGAGGAUGAUAAAGCUCUUGUUUCUAACGGGUGUGAUAUAGAAGCAAUACCAUCCAAAAUGUCUUUUAGUGGCACAGAUGAUCUCUGGUUAUUUAUGGCCAGCAUUAGGCAAUCAAAAGAUACAAAAAAGAAUGUUAAGUCACCAGAGGAAAUUGUAGUUGCAUACUUGGAGGAGGAAAUAGUUGACCACAACUGUAAUCCAUUAACAUACUGGAAUUUAAAAAAGUCAUCAUGGCCAGCUCUAACCAGACUGGCAGUUAGAUUUUUAGGUUGUCCUCCAAGUAUUGUUCCUUCAGAAAGACUGUUCAAUACAACUUACGAGAACAGCAGCCUCAGCCAUUCAAGAUUAAUUUCAGAACAUUUAGAGAAACUUAUCUUUUUGAAAGUAAAUCUCCCGUUGAUAUAUUAUCAGUAUUGAAUGUUGGUCAGUUUCUGAUGAACUUCUGUCACUGAAGUACACUUUAUCAGCCAUAUUUGUAAAUGGAUUUUUCUGCUCCAUAGAGUGCCCAUGUAUGACAUAGUAAUCAGCCGAAAAUACACAGUUUAAUUUUAAUACAGCUUUAGUUUUAAUGUCUACAUGUGCCUUAAUUUUUCUCUAGGCCAAGGUGUAUAUAUUUCUUAGGGGGUGUAUCACUAGGAAUAGUAUGCCUCAAUCUAAUGUGAUCAUGUAUGUUUCCUAUGUAUUAUUUCUCGACUGUAAAUAUUUAUGUAAAAAGCACAGCAUUUGGUUUGUUUAGAAUAAUAGAUGUAUACAGUUUUUAUUCUGUAGAUUUUCUUUUAAGUAUUUGUGCAAAUGUUAACCUGAAUACUGUGCAUUCGGUAUUGUUACCUUUUUAAAUACAUUGAACACAUUUUGUACAUAAGAAACAGAUGAACUAAAAAGUAUGUAUUAACUGAUGGUCUGCAUUCAGGCUGUUUUAUGCUUUACCCCAGACUUUUUGACCUGCAGUACAUUACCUUGUAUGGUUGCACAAUUUUUUUAUAGUUACGUGAAAGUUGUAAGUUUACAUGGCCCAUUCCUGCAAUAAGUAUAAGAAAAAGAGUAGUUGUAUAAAGAUCAUUUUCUCUGUCAGUUGCACAGCACCACUCAGUGCAUAUGAAAUGUUUCUCCAGCACUUUAGUUUAUAUUGGCCUUAGGGAAACUGCUUUAUUAGCGAUAAAAAUGUAUGAAUUCUUCCAUCCCACCACUAGUAUAGUAAGCGCUUGGAGAUUUGUUUUUGUGUGCUAUGUGGAGUAAAAAAAAAAAAAAACAGGAUAUCAGUAUAAAUAAAGUGGUGCCAGACUUUCUUUUUAAACUGGACUUGUUUUUCACAUUGUGUUUGUUUUGAAAACGUUUCUCUUAUGUAAAGAAAAAAAACAAGAACCGUUUUCCUUCUGGUUAGUUUUAUUGUCUGUAUAGAUGGAACACAACUUUAGUGUUUGGAUAUAUUUUUAUAUAUUUUUCAGAACAUUUGCAACACAACUACACAUGUUAAUUUAGUGAGAAGGGCAUACUAAAAAAAUGUUACCUCCAGAAUUGCCUAGCUUUGUAUGCUUCACGCACAGUUGUGAAUAUUGAUUGUGCAUAACCAUUUUGUCAUCAGAUGUAUAUUUCAAGAGGUUUAGUUACUUUAUAGUGGGGACUGUAAACAGAUUUUUUAAGUUGAUGAAAAUCAAGAUUGCUGUAGUUACAUAAAGAUAUUGUCCCUGUGCCUAACGCUGCUUUAUAUUAAAUGUAAAUAUAUAUUGUUGAAGGACAGUCAUUGCAACAUUCUUGCCAUCAUGAUUUUGUCAGAGUGAAUUUUCAAGAAUUUAAAGAGCUUGCUUGCACUAACAACACUAAGCAUUAUUGUUGUCUUCAUCUAGUUCCUUUUUUAGAAUGUUUUUGUCUAUUAAUCUGUGCAAAGACCAAUAAUAUACAUAUAUAUAUAUGCGUGUGUGUAUGUGUAUAUGUAUAUAUACACGUGUGCACAUAUCUACUGGUUUUUCAUUUUUAGUAUCCCAACUGUUUGACGUUAAUUGUUGUUGCAGGUUUCCACAACCAUAACUUAAAUUGACUAUGUCAGAUUCUUUUACUUCAAAUUGCCUUUACAUUAAAAUAUGUAGUAAGCAGUUCAAAAACUGUUGCUUUGACUAGCUGUUUAUCGGACUUUUUUUUUUUCAAUUAAGUGCAGAAAAUGGCUGCCAUUCAUGUUGGUGUCGCAUGAAAACCUUAUCCACUUCCAUUGAGUUAUUUUAGUGCUGGAAACGUUUUCAGCAUAUUUUCACUUCUUAUUAAUGUCUUUGCACUCUAGUAAAUUGGAGUGGCUGCAUGUUUUGAGAAUACUGCCUGGUUCAGGACCUAUUAAAUGAGAGUUUAUCUUGGAUUUAAAACAAGAUUGUGUGUUUAAGUACCUUGUUAGCCCUUUUAUAUACAAAGAAGUAAAAACCAAGAAACAGUAAUUCUAAAAAAGAAAAAAAAAUGUGAACAGCUAUAUAAUGUGACACAUUACCAUAUGAAGGAAUUUAUUUUGAACCCAUUUUCUGUCCCAUAGUUUUUUAUGUACUAGCAUUACCUCAUAUGUUAAUUUUAAAAUGUGCUGUUUAACUUUUUCGUUUUCAGCUGGAUUGCAUCUUAUUCUGUAAGACGAACCAACAGAAUGUUGCCUAACAUCUUGGAAAAUGUACGUUGAGUAAGCUGUUGGAACAUUUCACUUGCAUAUAAGUAUCACUCCAGUUUAUCCUGUCUGUCCGAUUGUACUUCUGAAAAUAAAAAUUCUUAGCAGA